AUGAGAAUCAUGCUGGUGCUGGCCACAGUUGUUGUGGCAAUAAUUGUGGUUGUUCCAAAGAGAGUAAAAGCAGUUCGAGCGUUCUUUGUGUUUGGGGACUCACCGGUUGACAGUGGCAACAACAAUUACUUGCCAACCAUCAUUUUGAAUGUGAUUUUAGGCAAGCGAAUUGGGUCUGAACCCACUUUGCCUUACAUGAGCCCAGAAUUAAAUGGACAAAAGCUUUUGGUUGGGGCCAACUUUGCUUCUGCUGGGAUAGGAAUCCUCAAUGACACCGGCAUCCAAUUUGUUGGCAUUAUCAGAAUGUUCCAGCAGUUUGAAUUGUUUGAGCAGUACCAGCAACGGUUAAGUGCAGUUAUAGGGGCUAAACGAACGAAGAAGGUUGUGAAUGAAGCUCUGGUGCUAAUGACAUUGGGUGGCAACACCUGUGGUAACGACUUUGUUAUUACUCCGAGGUCUCGCCAAUUCACAGUCCCUGACUUCUCUCGCUACCUUAUCUCCCAGUACCGAAGAAUUCUAAUGAGGUUGUAUGAGUUGGGGGCACGGAGGGUGCUGGUGACAGGAACUGGUCCAUUAGGUUGUGUUCCUUCUCAGCUUGCUAUGAGGAGCUCAAACGGGGAGUGUCUGGCCGAGUUACAACAAGCCACACAAAUUUUCAACCCUUUGCUCGAUAACAUGACCAAAGAUCUCAACUCCCAACUUGGUGCUCAUACUUUUGUUUCUGUCAAUGCCUUCCUUAUGAACAUCGACUUCAUCACCAACCCCCAAAAAUAUGGUUUUGUUACAUCUAAGAUGGCAAGUUGUGGACAAGGCCCAUACAAUGGGCUGGGCCCAUGUAACCCCUUGUCUGACCUGUGCCAAAACCGGUAUGCUUAUGCAUUUUGGGAUGCUUUUCAUCCAAGCCAACGUGCACUUGAGUUCAUUGUUGAUGAGAUCUUCAAGGGAACCAGCAACCUUAUGAGCCCUAUAAACCUCAGCACCAUCAUGGUCCUGGACUCAAACAUUUAA